AUGGCCGCCACCUCAUGUUUCAGCAGAGGACUGAUUGCGGUCUUAGUUUCAGCUUCGACCUUCUCCAUAUCUUUCUGCGGGUCCAACGUCGUUCCCCAGUUUUUCUGUGUCUUCCCCACCCUGUUGAAGACCUCCUGCUCUGAGGACCACGUCGCCACGGACAUGGGCGUGACCUCAGGCUCCAUCUCCUUCCCGGCCUGUGUUGGUCAGCUCUUGCUGGUGAUUCUGUUUGUGGCCUCAGAGAUGUUCAUCUUCACGGCGAUGUCCUACGACCACUACGUUGUAAUCUGCUGUCCUCUUCUCUACAACGUUGUCAUCUUCAACCUGACUCUUAUCUUCUGUGGAUCCCACAUCAUCACCCAGUUCUUCUGUGAUAUCCCCUCCCUGCUGAAGACCAUCUGCUCCAAGAACCACUUCGCCAUUGAUGUGAGUGCUGCUAUUGGUUCUUCGUUCUUCAUCUUCCUGCCUCACCUUUUGGUGAUCACCGUCUUUUUCACGACAGACGCCUUCGAUCACCUCAAGCCACCAUCAGACACCUCCCCAACCCUGGACCUGCUGGAGUCCGUGCUCUACACCUUGGUGCCCCCUUCCCUGAACAUCCUCAUCUACAGCCUGAGGAACUAG